AUGAGUGGAGGUCGUAUAUUGUAUAAUGUUCCAUGUUCAGUUUGUCAUGACAAUUCAUCUGGAAAACAUUAUAGUGUAUAUGCGUGUGAUGGUUGUGCUGGUUUUUUCAAACGAUCAGUACGACGUAAUCGUGUUUAUCAUUGUAAAAAUCGAAAUAAAUGUGUUGUGGAUAAAUAUAGACGGAAUCAAUGUCGAGCAUGUCGUUACCGACGAUGUCUUGAUUCAGGAAUGAAUAAAGAUGCUGUUCAAAAUGAACGAGGACCACGUCAACCAUUUCCUGAUCGACAUAUGCAUAUAACGGGCUCAUUUGGUAUUAAACCAGAACCUUCUUAUGUUCCUCCAGCAAUUCAAAUUCCUUUAUCUAAUAAUCAAUUUCAAUCAAAUCCAGUAUUUAAACUUGAUUUAUAUGUCUAUGAAAUGGCUGCUCGUAUACUUUUCUAUAUGGUACAUUGGUUACGUUCAAUCAAAGAAUUUCAAAUGAUUAAUGUUAAAGAUCAGAUUGCUAGUCUUCUUCAUUGCUGGCAUGAAAUAUUUCUUUUGUCUUUAUGUGAAUAUAAAUUUGACGUCCCAUGGAUGAAUUUAAGCCAUGCAGCGGAUCGAUCGAAUGGAAAUGGAAUAAAAAAUUUAUAUUUAAUGCAAGAUAUUUCUAAUCGAAUUCAACAAAUGAAUAUCGAUUAUGUAGAAUAUUUUCAUUUAAAACUUUUAUUAUUUUGUCGAUGGGUUGAUUCAAAUCAUAAUUUGAAUGGACAUAGUUUGCUUGAUGAUCAUUUAAUGGCAUUAGAAAUGCAUGUUCGUCGUACUUAUCCACUUCAACCUCAACGUUUUGAACAAUUAAAAAGUCUCUUGUCAAAUUUACGUACAAUUUCUUCACCAGAAAUUCAAAAUCUUUUCUUUAAAAAUAUUCUUGGCUACUGUUCGAUUGAAUUAAUUCUACGAAAUUUAUAUGAAACAAUAACAAUAUCUUCAUAA